AUCAGCCACCUAGCGCAACACGUGUCCUUACAUCCUAGCCAAACGAGUCAAUUUAUAAUGAAACCCAUAGGAUUUGUUAGCAGAUUUUCAGGAAAACAGGGUUGCAUAUCCAUUGGUAAUCUAUUGCUUCAAGUCCUGCAAGAUGAACAAAUCAAAGGAAACUGAAGAGGUUAACGAACAAGGUGAAAUAGAAACCAAGGUGGAGACAGUAGAUUAUCGGUCACCGGCUGGGCGAGACGAAGAAGAACCCACUAAAGAGAAAGUGGAGGUGAUUCAUCUUACUCGUGACGAGGGUCAUUCCAGCGUCAACGAACAAGGUGAAAUAGAAACCAAGGUGGAGACAGUAGAUUAUCGGUCACCGGCUGGGCGAGACGAAGAACCACCGACUAAAGCGAAAGUGGCGGUGGUUCAUCUUACUCGUGACAAGGGUCAUUCCAGCGUCGGAGGAGGUGGCGUAUUAGCUGGUCCAGCUGCUGCGGUGGCAAAUACCGUUCGAUCCGCUAAGGAUGCCGUUUUGGGCAGUGGAAAAGACGAUCCCUCCCCCAAAAAAUGAGACUUAUCAACAACAAAUAGAGGUAAAGCAAUUGUGUUCAAGCAUGUCUGUUGUCACUUGCUCAGACUAGUGAUUCUGUGAACAAAUCUUUAAUUAAGGGUUUUUUUUUUUUUUGUGUGUGUGUGUGUGUGUGUGUUACCUUGUGUUUGUUGUUGUUUUGAAAGGUUUGUUCUUAUUACAAUUUAUAAAAGUACUUUUAAUUGGGCUUA